AUGGCUAAGAAUACAGCAGCAUGGUUGACCAUUCCAAAAAUAAGACCGCUUCAGAUCAAAGCGGCGGCAUAUACUCGUCCUAAGGGAGAUGAGAUUGUCAUCAAGAAUCGAGCUAUAGCACUCAACCCAGUCGACGUUCAAAUACAGGCCAUUGGGAGCAACCUUGCAUUUCCCUGGGUCAAAUAUCCAUUCAUAAUGGGAAUCGAUACAGCCGGGGAAGUUGUCGAGAUCGGGUCCAAGGUGUCCACCAUCAAAGUGGGUGAUCGUGUCCUUGGUCAAGCCCUGGGAGGGGACAAGCACCGUAGCGGGUCACCCGAAGGGGCGUUUCAGGAAUAUGUUGUGCUACUCGAGCACAUGGCUUCACGUAUCCCAGAUGAUCUCUCCUUCGAGAGAGCGUGUGUGCUGCCUCUCGGGCUCGGCACAGCGGCCUGCGGCCUAUUCCAGAAGGAUCAGCUCGGGCUGGAGCUGCCUUCGAGCCAGCCGAAGCCGACAGGCAAGACACUACUCAUUUGGGGAGGCUCGACAAGUGUUGGGAGCAAUGCCAUCCAGUUGGCAGUGGCGGCGGGUUAUGAAGUCUUUACAACCGCCUCGCCCAAGAAUUUUGCAUAUGUUCGUGGCUUGGGCGCCACGAAAGUGUUCGACUAUAACAGCAAGGCUGUCGUCCAGGACAUCAUCAGAGCAUUCCAGGGAAGGACGACAGCUGGCGCAAUGUGGAUUGGAGUCGGGUCCGGCACGAUCUGCAUGGAUAUUCUGAGUAAAUGCGAAGGUGAUAAGGUCGUCACGAUGGCUGCCUAUCCAAUGCCACCAACGCAUCCGACCACGUUGAUUGUGCCAACCAUUAUAUACUACUUUAUGUGGGGGCAGGUCGCCCUUUGGCUCAAAUCGAAGCGCUAUGGUAUCAAAUACGGGUUUAUCUUUGGGUCGACACUUGCAUUCAAUGAAGUUGGGAAAGCGAUGUACCAAGACUUCCUCCCAGCGGCUCUGGAAGAAAACAGAUACAUUGUUGCUCCAGAUCCGAUCAUUGUGGGCAAAGGCCUCGAGAGUAUUCAAGCUGGACUGGAUCUUUUGAGGAAGCGUGUAUCAGCGAAGAAGGUGGUUGUGACUCUAGAUUAG